AUGGACUGGGAGAGAACAUAUAAUCCUUACCAUCCGUUCGAAUCUUAUCUUCUUUAUCCUCGCCAAUCUCCUCCAUGCAGACCCAUCAAGCCAAAGUGGACUGCGGAGAAUCCAAGUCCAUACUGGCUGGAGCAAGCUCCGUUCUACGAGCCACCUACCAGGUCCGAUCCGUUCACACGACCGGAGGAGCUUCCGGCACCAAGCUGCAUCGAAAUCGCCUGCAAUACGGCAUGCUACCUACUCUCACCUAUCAUCUCGAGCAUUGUCACCACCACCACUACCAUCACCAACGCUGUCGCCAUUCUCAUCACCAUCCUUCUCGCUAUCAUCAAGCUUACCAUUCACUGGACUGUAGUUGCUCCGUGGGAGGCUUGGCGCAGAUUCUGCGAAGAGAUCGGCUUCGUUGGGCUUGUGGCGUGUUGCGUGGCCAUAUGUGUUGUGCCGCUUCUUCCUUCGUGGGGACGGACGGCCGUACAAGUUGUCAGGGAGCCGGAACCUUUGUACGUUAUAUUUGUCGCUGGACGAGACGCGAUCGGGCGCGGGCCAGUGGUGACCUCUGGUCAGUUCUGA